AUGUCAACUUUUGCAAAGUCUGGGUUUCGUUCCAUCAAUUACGACUCCUUCCGUCCUCACUAUCCUUCCUCUUUUUACGAUAUCUUGUCUAAGUAUAUCGGAAGUAGUGAGGUCGAAAAGACGCUUGAUCUAGGAUGCGGGACGGCUGUUGCUACAUUCCCUUUACUCAAUCUUUCCCACUAUGUCUACGGAAUUGACUUAUCACCUUCGAUGAUCAAGACCGCCAAUGACUUAAAAGCACAACGACUCGAGCAAUUGGGUAUCACCGACAUGAACAGAAUCGAGUUUGCAGUCAGUGCGGUAGAGGACUUGGAAGUGGAGGCUGGCCUGUAUGACUUGAUAACGGCAGCCGAAUGUAUCCAUUGGUUCAGAGACUUGCCCACAUUCUUCAGUUCGGCAUCGAAGUACCUCAAGCCUAGGGGCGUUUUGGCGUACUGGUACUAUGUGGACCCGGUUUUUAUCGGGUUUGAAGGACCCAGUGACAAGACCAGAAGCAAGACUGAAAUCUGUGAAGCUGCUGACAAAAUUUACAACAAGUACACGUAUGAAGAUCUGAAUUGGUUUGGCAAACACUGGGAGCAGCCUGGUAGAAACGUCCUCAGAGAUCUUUUGGUGGAGGUCGACAGUGCUAUACCUAAGGACUUGUUUGAAGAUGUGAAGAUCAAGAAGAGUAAACUCUCUACAACGAGAGAGUUUGACAGCGACGAUCUUGGUAUCAAGAAGGAAGGGAUCCCUGUUACUUCAUUCGUCAAGUACAUGACAACUUUUGGCGCUGCUCACAACUACGCAGAGGCCAAUGGCGAGGGAAGCCUCGAAAAUUUUGAAAGCAAGAUUCUUGAAGAGUUUGAAAAAGAGCUCGGUUGGGACAGAGAGAAGACAAAGGUGAAUAUCGCCUGGAACACUGGUUACACCUUCAUGAGGAAGAAGUAA